AAACAAACUGUAUAACGCCUUCACUAUAUUUCUAUGAUUUAUAGCUACCAUAUCGUAAUGUAGAAUGCGAUUUUUUUUUUCAGAGAAAAAUGAGGAACAGACUCUGUUUGUUUGAGACUGACGGCGCUGAGACCCUGCGGAACCAAACUGACACGACUGACGACAACGUGCUAACAAGUUAGCCGGGACUGGAGGAGGAUUGUAUAUGGUGUAGGCUUAUAAUUCCGAGCGUUUUUGUAUUUUAUUUUACUUUAGCUACAAAGUUUAUUUAAUUAUGCCCAGCAAAAAGAAGAAAUACAACGCCAGAUUCCCUCCGGCGAGGAUUAAGAAGAUCAUGCAGACAGAUGAAGAAAUAGGCAAGGUGGCUGCAGCAGUUCCCGUUAUAAUCUCGAGAGCUCUGGAGCUUUUCCUGGAGUCGCUGCUGACGAAGGCCUGCCAGGUCACCCAGUCGAGGAACGCCAAAACCAUGACGACGUCUCACCUGAAGCAGUGCAUCGAGCUGGAGCAGCAGUUUGACUUCCUCAAAGACCUGGUGGCGACGGUGCCGGACAUGCAGGGCGAGGGCGAGGAGAACCACACCGAGGCCGGAGGAGAAAAAGUACCUCGCAGGGGACGAAAGCCAGGAUCUGGUCGCAAGAACGGGGGAGCCGGCUCCAAAAGCAAAGACAAGAAGCUUUCUGGAACAGAGUCGGAGCAAGAGGAAGAUUCCGAAGACAGCGAGACGUACGGAGACGAGGACGACGGCUCCCAGUCGAGCACAAACCAGCAGGCUGCGUCCAUGUUCCACAGCUCAAACCCCCACUCCCAGUUCGGGAACACGGGCAACAUGGCGACAGCGGCCAAUCCGGCUCCGGCCCAGGGCACCAUGGCGUUCGCCCCUCAUCCCUCCAUGGUGAGCGUCGCUCUGCCCCCCCCAGCGCCCGCGCCGCACAAAAACGAGGAGGAGGACGACGAUGAAGACUAUGACUCUUAGCUACCUCCCUCCCCUCCCCACCAACAUCCUCUCUUUAUCUCUCACACACACACACACACACACACACACACAAACCCAGCAUUAUUUCCAGAUGAAGUUGGCCCCCUGGUGGCUGCUGCGGCAGUGAAGAAGAGGACUCUUCAUCUUCAUCGCAGCCUGCUGACAGAAGAAAGCUGUAAGAGACAAAACCUUGUUGUACAUUAGGUGUUUUAAUUUUUUUUUAAAAAAGCUUUUAUUUUAAUGUAGAGAUGGGGGGGGGGGUUGUUUUUUAAGCUAGGUCUUUGCUGUUUAGUUUUUUUUUUGUUUUUUUUUUUUGGUCUUGACUAGUAUAAUACGGUGAGCCUCAGCAGACAGGAUAGGUGUGGUUUAUUUCACCUCACAGCUUUUUGUUUCUUUUUGCGCUUUUUUUUUCUUUCUUUUUUUUCUUCAAAAAUUUCUCAGCAUAAUAAAAACAAACGCAGUUCCUCCGACCCAAAGAAAAAUCACCUUUUUAAAGCUCGGGCUGAUGGCCAGCCCAGCUGAGUUCUGAAGCGUGUAUUUGGUGUCGUCUUUCAGCCGAUUGUUGAGACGCCAGUUGCGUCGUUUCAGUCGCGCCUGAUCUCAAGACGACAGAAAAGCAGGUGAAUUUUUUUAUUUAUUUUUUUUCCCUACGGUUUGUUUGCACCCCGCGGUUUGCUUUCGUUUCAAAUUUAGUCUCUACUUUAAACUCAAAAUUGAUUUCAACCACAUCAGCAGGGUGUAAAGAUUUUGAUCUGAGUGUGUUUUUAUUAUUUCACUUUACCAUACAUUUAUUUGCCUGUAAAAUACACAAUGAACAUUGGACCAGAUGUUUUGUUUGUUUUUUGUUUUUUUUUCUUUUAAAGUUUUUUUUUUUUUUUCUGGCCACACCCUUCAACGUUCGCUCCUCUGUCUUUAACAUUCGUUUUUCCUUCUUUUAGAUUCUUUAUUUUAAACGAACGCAGAGGCGGAACUCCCAUUUCCUCGCCGAGAUUGUUGUAAAAUGGUUGCGAGACAGUUUACUCUGUAUUGUAAACUUUUAAUGUUCUUUUUAUUUUGUAUGGGUGAAAUAAAGUUCACAUUUCAAUUUAAAAAGAAAAA